CGUGCCGUCGCAAUUGGUUCGCGCGGGAAACAUUUGACAUUUAUAUUUUUUAUAAUCGCGUCUGUGGUUGUCUUUGGUGUGGUGAAUUUAUUAUUGUGAGUGUAUUUUACUGUGUUAUUUUAGAGAUAAUGAGUUACUAAAUCGUCAUCAUGUAUCGAGACUCCGAGGCACAGAUUGACAUUGACCAGGACUCCAGCAGAUCAAAUACCCCAAAAAUGUUCUACAAAGACGACAAAACAGUCCUGUCCACGAAGAAAUCCUUCUGUAUCGACGCCUUGUUGUCCAAACAAAUUGACGAAAAGGACCAUAUAAACAAGAAUUAUAUUACGCGGUAUCAGGACUUUGAUACUAGGGUGGAAGACAGUCCGAAGAGUAGUAGUAGAAGUGUAUCACCAGGGUCAGAUGAUGGAAAUCGAUCUGAGAGUUAUAGUCCGCCUAUUUCUCCUGGUGUCGAAGGUGGAAGUGAAGAGUUUGAUACUUAUAGACCUGGAAUAAUUCCAAAGCCGGGACUUCUACCUCAGAACCCAGCGCUGGUGGCGCAGUCGAUGUUCAACUAUCAGAUGAACCCGAUGCCGGGCGCUCCAAUGCCAUCAGCCUUUCACCACCCAGGAGACAGGGUGCUUCAUCAUAUGCAACUGGAAUGGCUCGCCAGGACCGGAAUGUUUUAUCACAGGAUACCUGAGUUAGGAGGGGCUCCACACGCGCUCCUUGGAAAGACCCGGCGGCCCCGGACAGCGUUUACGUCUCAGCAGCUACUAGAACUGGAGAAACAAUUCCGACUGAACAAGUAUCUGUCGCGGCCGAAGAGAUUCGAAGUCGCUACAAGUUUGAUGCUAACUGAAACUCAGGUAAAAAUAUGGUUCCAAAACCGCAGAAUGAAGUGGAAACGCUCGAAAAAAGCGCAACAAGACCACAAAAAAGAGCCGCAUUCAAGCGACGAGAAAAACAAAAAGGAGGCGCACAACGACCCCGACAAACAGCCCGCGCAAAUGGCGGCAGAUCUGACACCUGUCAAACCGCCCCCAAUGUUAGACAGGGACAGGAUGAUCGCGCUAGAGCGGGAGCGAGCGAUGGCGGCGGCUACCUUUAAUUCGAAUUUGGAAAACAAUAGACGUGUGGCAGUUAUGAACCAAGAUGGCCGACCGGGUAUAGAUAUGUUUAGGCCUUAUGUAGUAUGAGGCAUUAAGUAGUUUUUACUUUUAGCUUUAAGUAUUUGGUCGUGAUUUGUGCAAUGCAUUGUAAUUAGUGAACAAAAAAAAUAUGGAAUCAUUUUAAGAUUAGAGCUGUGUUACCAGUGUUUUUGUGAUCACCGAAUUUUAUCCCAGUUUUUCGUUUGUAAGUAAAUAAGGCGAGUACUUCUAAAAUAACUUAAAAGCGAUACUAAGUACGUAGUAAGUAGAUACGAAUUCUAAGUACCUACUUAUAUAGAUAAGAAUCAAACAGAAUAGAAUAAAACUUCUGUGGUUAAAUAAUAUAUAAGUAAUAACGAUAAUUAUUACCUAAGUAAAAAUUGUAUAUAGUCUAUGGUAUCGCUUCAGAACAGUGUGUAGGUAUUAACGAGUUACAUACCCUUAUGCUACGGCCACACUACCUUACAGUAUACUGCGAUGUUACUGCUUAAAACUCCUCAAGAAGUGAUGUCGAUAUAUUAUGGCUUACCUAGAUAUGGCAAUGAUGUAGGCGGUAAAAUAAUUAAAAAGUUAUUUUUUUCAGUUUUACAACAUGUUGGUACGUCAAAGUUACAAACUGCACAUAAUGAGUGCGAAAAUUCAUAAAUCUUGUACAUUCCAACAAAUAAAAUUACAAUUCCAAAUACACAGAAGAUGGUGGAUUAUAAAAUAUCUCAAAGGUGUUAACGACUUAUUUGCAUUACAUACAUACAAAAACUGUAGAUUGAAUAUUUUUAUAAAGAACUGUGUGUGUUCUACGACCAACACCGAAUCCAAAAAAAUCUCAAUAUUAGGUACUUUUGACUGUUUGUCUGUAUGUUUUUACGCGCAAAACGCAAAAACGAAUGAAUAAACGCAAAUUUUCACCCGUCUACGACCAACACCUAUUUUUGUUUCGCGAUCUUUAUAAUAUUAUUCUAUUCCUUCCAUAGAUACAGGUUGCAAGAUGGCGAGUGAAAAGUGCGAUAAAUCAUGAACAAGAUAUAAUGAACAAGUCAUUUACAAACUAUAUACGACUGGACUGGCGGCUGUCAAAGUGCUUUUGUGCCUGUUUGAUAUUCGCCAUUUUGGCGCUGAUGGCCAUGUAGCGAGAGUACUGUGGAACUAAAACUAGUGAUGACAACCUCAGCAAACAUCGAUAGAUGGUGGUAAAAUAUUUACAAAAAAAGAUUUGAUUCUUGAAGUAUAAAUACCACUAAUAUUGUACGUUCCUUCGCAGCCAUUUGUAAUAUAUAUAUAUACGUCAAAAUUAGUUUUCUGGACGCUCGCGAGUGGCGCUUUAAAUAGGCACAAAUAACUUAUGUCAAACAUAUAAAACAGCCUGUCCAGUGGUAUUUAUACAGGUCAGUGAUUUACUAUCGACAAAAUUAAAUCGUGACACACCUUAUUAAUUUAUGUUUUUUCCUAAAUUCAUAAUAAACAACUACAACUCUGGUGUUGCAAGAGAAUUAUGAGGGCGGUGAUCACUUCACAUCAGAUGACCCCGUACUUACUGUCUAUAACAUUGUAAAUAAUUAAACUAUAAUUUUUUUAACAUCACAAUAUAUCAGGCAAUUGUAAUACGUAUAUUUUAUUUAAAAAAAACACUGUUGAAAUGUCGGCUCAUUGAAAAUUCGUACAAAUAAUUUGAUAGUCACAGAGUUAUAUUCUCUAUAAAUAAGCCUAGGGUAAGAUUUAAAAUUCCUAAUAACUAUAGCGUGUUCGUCGAGAGUUGAUAAGUAAUAUGUAACCUCUCGGAUUAGCGAUUGUCGUAUAAUUAUCGCUGUCUGCAUACCGGGCGUCGCUUAUUGCCGCAUAACGAAUUUUGUGGUACGAGGUACACAGCUGUUGUCAAACGCAAGGUGGACGCUAUUUUAUCCGUAACGAACAGAAUUUAUGUUUUAAUAUAAGUUAUAUUGUAGAUAUAGUAUAUAAUUAUGUACUGAUGCAGGCCAAAUAUAGAUUUAAAUUAUAAAAUAGUAUUUAUAAAUGUAUUAUAGAAGACGGAAGAAAAACAUUUAAUCAGUAACUUACUUCCUAUAAGUAUUAUAAAGAUAAGUAAGUAUAUAUAAUUUAGUCACAAGAGUAUAUUCAUUUGACUUUUUUUGAUUGGUGAUUUUUAAGAUUCUUCUUUGCUCAGGUAUCUUGAUCAGAGAGAUAAUAUCAUAUCUCUCUAAUUAUAAUCCAUUGACGGUCAAUAAUCAACAAGACCUACACCAAAGGGCGUAGCUACCGCCGUAUCAAUUAUACGGGGCCCCCGACGUACAUAAGCAAAAAUUAAUAAAAAAUUUUGCUGUUUACCGAAAAAAAGGAGAGUACACAUUUAAUUUGAAUUGUUUCAAAAUGUUGGUAAAUGUGACAGAUAGAUAAUUAUGAUAAAUAAAUAUUUAUUUUAAUUUUAUGCAAUAUUUUUUUUUCUUUUGUGAAAAAUCUUCAUAAGCAAAUAUUUUUAACCAAGCCGCGCUACGCCACUGCCCACAUACUGAUGUGUUUUCUAUUUUCGAAUUCAUAUGAACGUUUACUCGACGCUUAAGGUCGGCAACUCUCUUGUGAUUCCUUUGGACUCAGGUGUCCCCAGAGGGUAUUCAUUUAUAACAAGUGUAUAUUGUAAUUUAAUACAAAUACGGCGACAUUAAAUGAUCGCACAAGAAGAACUACUUGAAAUGAUCAUUAAAAAGUAUAUUAACCUGUGGUAUUAAAGUCUAAACACAUGGUCGGGUUUGGUACGGUCGAACCAUCGGACAGUUUGAUAACUGGUGGGCGUGGAUGAGCAACUCUGACCAAUUGGUCCAGCGUCGUACUCGGUACGGUCCACACGGUAGUAAUAAUUAUUUUGUUCGGUGGACAAUGCGACAUAACCUCGAAUAUGGUCCAGUACCGGACCACAUCCUAUUCAGCCGUACCAAACCCUGUGUGUUUAGACUUUAAUACCACAGGUUAAUAUAUUUUUUUAUGAUAAUAUCAAUUAAUUUUUCUUAUGCGUUCAUAAUGUCGCCGUUAUUUGAGCCAAUGAGCAGUCGCCCUCACCGUAUUUCUUCAUGAAUUCACCGCCCGUUUGCCUUCUUAUAUAUAAAAAUGCCGGCUGCAAUUAAUUUUUUUUUGUUGAUGGAUGAUAAUGUGUUCGCUUAUAAAACAAAAAAAUAUGAAUCAAUAGUUUUUUUUUAUAAGCUCCUAUCUGUUUUUUUAUUUAUUUUCUAUUUAUUUAGUGGCAUUGGAUGCAAGUUUAUAGGCCAGGGCCUAUCUGCUAAAUAUAUAAUAUUGCCAUAUUCAAAUCAUUAUUUUUGACUGUAUUCAGAUCGUGAGUUUUAGAAUCAAUAGAAUUAUGUAUUAAGGAGAGAAUGUAUUAUAACAUUUAUUAUUCUAAGGCUCAAGACAUCGCACUUAUCAGUAUUAUUCAGUUAACUGUACAUAUUAUUAUUAAUAUUAUGUAAAAA